UUAGCCGUGCCUCAUCCUAGCCUCCGCUGCAUCUCAUGCAAGGGCAUUACAUUGCAGCUUGACUUCCUAGGCCGAAGAAAGUCGGACAUUGCCGUAGUGCUGGGAGGGAACACCCCUACGUGCUGGUUUCUCGUUUUACAGUAAACACACGUUGCUUCUGGGCUCAUAUUGUUUGCCCUCCUGACUGGAAAGGGUCGUAAGGUUUGUCCUUCUCUCUUCUGUUGCGUUUUCACCAACGAGGUGAAGCAGGAUGAUAGCGGCACAGCUUCUGGCCUACUUCUUCACUGAACUGAAGGAUGACCAGGUCAAAAAGAUUGACAAAUACUUGUACGCCAUGCGGUUCUCUGACGAGACUCUGCGUGACAUCAUGGCCCGCUUCCAAAGGGAAAUGGAGAACGGACUGGGACGCGACACUAACCCGACAGCUACCAUCAAGAUGCUGCCCACCUUUGUAAGGUCCAUUCCUGAUGGAUCAGAGAAGGGAGAUUUCAUUGCCCUGGAUCUGGGUGGCUCUAAUUUCCGUAUUCUGCGGGUCAAAGUGUCUCAUGAGAAGAAACAGACCGUGCAGAUGGAAAGUCAAAUAUACGAGACUCCAGAGGACAUCAUCCACGGCAGCGGAACACGGUUGUUUGACCAUGUUGCAGAAUGUCUUGGAGACUUCAUGGAGAAACAAAAAAUUAAAGACAAGAAGGUUCCCAUGGGUUUCACGUUCUCAUUCCCUUGUGCACACACCAAACUGGAUGAGGCUGUUCUGCUAACAUGGACAAAACGCUUUAAGGCCAGUGGGGUUGAGGGAAUGGAUGUAGUAAAGCUUCUAAAAAAAGCCAUCAAAAAACGUGGGGACUAUGAUGCAGAUAUCAUGGCUGUAGUCAAUGACACUGUGGGAACUAUGAUGACCUGUGGCUUUGAUGACCAGCGCUGUGAAGUCGGCAUUAUUAUUGGUACCGGCACUAAUGCUUGUUACAUGGAGGAGCUCAGACACAUUGAUCUGGUGGAGGGAGAUGAAGGGAGGAUGUGUAUCAAUACUGAAUGGGGGGCAUUUGGAGACGAUGGCACAUUGGAGGAUAUCCGAACUGAGUUUGACAGGGAGAUUGAUCGCGGGUCCCCCAACCCCGGCAAGCAGUUGUUUGAGAAGAUGGUCAGUGGGAUGUACAUGGGUGAGCUGGUGAGGCUGAUUUUGGUCAAGAUGGCUAAGGAAGGGCUGCUGUUCGAGGGCCGCAUCACCCCAGAGCUGCUUACAAAAGGAAAAAUCGAAACCAAGCAUGUUUCUGCAAUUGAGAAGAGCAAAGAGGGACUUACCAAAGCUGAAGAGAUUUUGACACGCUUGGGUGUAGAGCCAUCUGAAGAUGACUGCAUUGCUGUGCAGCAUGUUUGCGCUAUUGUCUCUUUUCGCUCUGCAAAUCUAAUUGCUGCUACUCUGGGUGCAAUCCUUAAACGUCUUAAGGACAAUAAGAACACCCCGCGCCUCCGCACCACAGUGGGCAUCGAUGGCUCCCUCUACAAGAUGCAUCCACAGUAUUCCCGCCGGUUGCACAAAACUGUGCGUCGUCUAGUGCCGGAGUCUGACGUUCGCUUCUUGCUCUCUGAGAGCGGAAGUGGCAAAGGAGCUGCAAUGGUCACAGCCUGGGCUUCCCGGUUGGCCGAUCAGACACAUCAGAUUGCCGAGACUCUGGCAGAGUUCUGCCUGACCAAAGAACAACUGCUGGAGGUGAAAAAGAGAAUGAAAACUGAGAUCCAGAAUGGACUGAGCAAGAAUACCCAAAGCACAGCCACCGUCAAGAUGCUGCCCACCUAUGUGCGGAGCACCCCGGAUGGAACAGAAAAUGGUGAUUUUUUGGCUCUGGAUCUGGGAGGUACAAACUUCAGGGUGCUUUUGGUAAAGAUUCGCAGUGGCAAGAAACGAACUGUGGAGAUGCACAAUAAAAUCUAUGCCAUUCCCAUUGAAGUAAUGCAAGGAACCGGAGAGGAGCUAUUUGAUCACAUUGUGCACUGCAUAUCUGACUUCCUGGACUAUAUGGGGAUGAAGAACACCCGUCUGCCUCUGGGCUUUACCUUUUCCUUCCCCUGCAGACAAACUAGUCUGGAUGCGGGAAUUCUGGUAAAUUGGACAAAGGGCUUUAAAGCCACAGACUGUGAAGGAGAAGAUGUUGUCGGCCUCCUGAGAGAUGCGAUCAAAAGAAGAGAGGAGUUUGAUUUGGACGUUGUAGCCAUAGUGAAUGACACAGUGGGUACAAUGAUGACCUGUGCAUAUGAGGAACCCACAUGUGAGGUUGGGUUAAUUGCAGGAACGGGUAGCAAUGCCUGCUACAUGGAGGAAAUGCGAAACAUUGAGACGGUCGAUGGUGUGGAGGGCAGGAUGUGUGUGAACAUGGAGUGGGGAGCAUUUGGAGAUAAUGGCUGCCUGGAUGACAUCAGGACUCAGUAUGAUAAUGCUGUGGAUGAUCUCUCCCUCAAUGCCGGCAAACAAAAGUAUGAGAAGAUGUGCAGUGGCAUGUAUCUGGGUGAGAUUGUACGGAACAUCUUGAUCGACUUGACAAAGCGUGGCUUCCUCUUCAGAGGACAUAUCUCUGAGACCCUGAAGACCAGGGGUAUCUUCGAAACCAAGUUCCUUUCCCAAAUUGAGAGUGACCGUUUGGCGCUACUGCAGGUCAGGUCUAUUCUGCAGCAUCUGGGCCUGGACAGCACAUGUGAUGACAGUAUCAUCGUCAAGGAAGUGUGUGGAGCGGUUUCUCACCGGGCAGCUCAGAUCUGUGGAGCAGGAAUGGCUGCUGUUGUUGACAAAAUCAGAGAGAACCGUGGUCUGGACCAUCUGGAUAUCACCGUUGGUGUGGAUGGCACUCUGUAUAAGCUCCAUCCACAUUUCUCACCAAUAAUGCAUCAGACUGUGAAGGAGCUUGCCCCCAACUGCAACGUCAACUUCCUUCUCUCAGAAGAUGGAAGCGGGAAAGGUGCCGCCUUGAUCACUGCUGUUGGGUGCCGCCUCCGCCAGCAAGAACAAAAGAGCUGAACCCUGCGCCAAACAAGCCCUCAUUUCCUUCUCUGGCUCUCUCAGAGCGUAUAUUUU